UUUUGAUCUUUCUUUUCCACUUUUCUUCUUUCUCUAUCUUUUUUUUUAUCUUCAUUUUUCCAUUUGAUAUACAAAACUAUCAAUGUUCAAUGCCAUAAAAGCGACUUUUUCAAAAUCUUAUCAUUCUCAGCAUGAAAACCAACAUCAAGUCUUUGUUAAUGUGUAUGACAUGUUACAACCUAGUUUCUUGACGAAUUUUGGAUAUUAUGCUCUAGGUGUAGGUAAGUUUUUUCAUCUCGUUUAUAAAUGAUCAAAACUCACAUCCAUUUAGGAAUAUAUCAUUCUGGAGUAGAAAUCUGUGGUAAAGAGUAUUGUUUUGGUGGACACGAAUAUAAGAAUAUUACAGGUGUAUUUGCAGUAGAAGCCAAGGUCGGUCCUCCUGGUUUAUUAUUCAAGCAAUCCAUUAGUGUUGGCUACACUCAUUUGACAAAUGACCAAAUACAUAAAUUAAUUCAAGAUAUAUCCAAAGAAUAUGUUGGUACUUCAUACAACUUACUUACUCGAAAUUGCAACCAUUUCACGGAUGACUUAUGUCUACAGCUCUUGGGAAAACAUGCACCAUCAUGGAUUAAUCGGGCAGCAAAAUUAGGUACCAUGUUUCCAUGUGUUAUACCAACUGAAUGGAUUGAACCUCCUGAUCUGGAAGGUGAUGGUAAGAAAUAUAUAUGUAAAGAAGAGAUUUACGACGAUUCAUAAUAAUAUAUUUUGUUUAUAUAAUAGUUUUACCUUCAUCAAAUGAUCAAUCAUCAAAUAUAUCUUAUACAUCAAAAGCACCUCUCAAAUCAACAACAACUACAACCGCAUCUACUGUUUGUAGUUCUUCCAAAAAAGCUCAACCACGAUUAAAAGAUGCAGAAUCCA